GUGACACCUCACUCACCUGUCAAAAGAAUCUGCUGUGGCUUGUGUAUUUGUUAAUUACAGUGAAAUGUAUCGACAGUUAAAUCAAUACAUCGCCCUCUAAAACAGGCGUCGACUUGAGCUGGCCCAUUUAACUAACUGACAUGUCCAUAGGAUGGGUGGGUGCUACUCAGCGGCUGGCGAUCAUGCAGCUUACUACCCUAAACACAAGCUACCAAAAGAAAACCGGUCGAAACCGAACAGUAAGCUGCUGAAACAGGAGAGUCGUUCGUACAGCCCAGACAACAGCACAGACGAAGUUGAAGAUAACCAGUGCAGUGAUGGAACGUUGAGCGGUGACAGGAAACACGAAACUAAAAACUCUGACAGCGGCAUUGGUAGUCUGGGCUCCUCAACGGACAAAGAUGGACCAGCAUUCGAGGAAAAGCUCGACGAAGUCUGCGACCGGUGUCAACAAAAACUUCUCCGUGACAGUCGGACCUCGUGCGAGGUGUGCGGUGAAAUCACGUUUAGAAAGUCGACGCUGUUUAAUCAUCCUCCGAGUUCCGCGGCAGCACUGUCGACCUACUGCUCGUGUGGGCCACGACACGCCGCCUGGCAAAGGCUGAAACCCACAACGUGCUCCACCCACAUUAACAGCCCUAAGACUUACAGGCACUCGGACAUUGCCGGUCUCAAGUCGAGCCUCAAGAAACUGCCAAACAGACAGCCGCACAGACAGAAUCACCUGUCGUGGAAGUCGACCGAUAGUUUAGACUAUGUGGCCUCCAUGUACACGAGCAUGGAUCACGCAAAGAGUGAGGCAUCAGACAUAUUCCGCGAUGACGUCAGUUUUCGCGCGCCUCUGGCCGCGUUCGAUUCUGUCGACGAUCACUUGGAGUUGAGUAUAUCAGACGUGUAUCGCGCUGGCUCGUACAGAACUAACACACAGACUGAGAUUCAACAUUUAGCAGAUUCUAUAUGUCGGUGCGAAUUCUCGGCAAGUGAUUUCGUUAAAAGUUUGGAAAAUGGACCAGUUGUCAGAAAAGAGGCAGAGAGACCUGAAGUGAAGUGUGAUAAUGUAACUUGUAGCAGUGUGUUUCCGACGGAGAGUGUGUGUAACAAUAACAAGACCGAUCCUUCUAUUCAUGAGAGAAAUAGUAACAGACAUUCGGCGGCAUCUGUUGGUGAUAGAUCUGUUCAUGAGAGAAAUAGAAACAGUCGUAGAGUGGAUGUUGGUGAUAAUUCGGUUCAUGAGAGACACAGUAAGAGAAGUUCAGUGGAUGCCGGAGAUCAGUGUAAUGGAACUGUGUGCGGAGACAGUCAAGGUGGUAAUAUCGUGUGUAAUGGAAUCGACGGUGGUCGUGUGGAGUUGAGACGGAAACCAGUGAAACCAGCCUCUAGCAGGCUGAGUUUUUCCCAGUCUGAAGCCGGUUUAGAUAUUAUGUGUCUGCCGUCACGUGAUGACCUGGAGACCAUGGUGGUAGACGGUCGCGAGGUGGUGCUUGUCGACGUUGAUGUUUACGACCAGGUUAUGACCGGCCUGGCUCAACUUCGAUCACAUCUCUCACAACUCAACACUGUCAUACAGGAAAGUGAAGAUCUUGAGUAUCCCUUGACCUGGGCUGGAAGUUACAUUGACCAGAGCUGGACGGAAGAUUGCCAGGACCAGUGACCGACAAACAUGGAUGGUGGUUUUGUUUUAGUUGAAACUUACAAAGUAGCCAGUUAUUCCAAGGUGAACUGAACAUAACAAGAUCACAGUGAAGACUGAGAGUGAAAUAGUUAUAAUGUGUUGAAGUAUCUGUUUGGUUAAUUAGUGUGGGAUAGAGAAGACACUUACCCAGAUAGAGGCAGUAAAAAUACCUUGAUAGCAAUAUUUGUUUAUUCCAUAUACUGCACUGAUCAGGCGCGUAGCUAGGCCAUGAUUUAAGACACACACGCACGUGCAGCCAAACGGACACAGACACACAUACACAAGGCACUGGGGUUCCACUGGGGUGAGGAGCGAGUACAUUGGUGACAUGCCUUGGUUUAUAUCGACGCCAGUGUUCAGUGAUUCACUUUUUACCUAAUAAAUUCAAUUAUUCAACUAAUUUCCUUCCCUCACCCCCCAACAAUUUUAAAGUUUGAUGGAGAUUACUUAUUUUCCAGUAUUUUUGUUUUGCCAAUUUCCAGUGAUAUGCUUGAAGUUGUGCAUCCGUGCCUGGCUCUGCGCCUGUUGAUCAGUUCACGUCUCACUUCAUAGUUAGCUUGUUUAAUCUGUUCUGGAGAAGGUUAUAUCUUCUACAAGGACUAUCAUUAUUAUUGAACACUAUUUUCCUGUGUUACACAUGUGUCCUGGUGUAUUGUGCACACUUUGUACUUUGAACGUUUGUCCCAAGAGAAAUAUGGACCACUAUACUGAAGACAAAUUUAUUUUUAUAUAAAAUUGGCAGUGAAUUCAACAUGAAUCAUUUUCUUCAACAGAAUAGUCACAAAUCAGUGAAUGAGUUUGCUGCUCAAUGAAUACAAAUCAUUUCUGCCUAUGACAGCUUGAUCAAAUCUAUAAUCACUCAGUUGUACAAAAUGGCAACUCAAAGAAACAUCUAGUUUUUUGUAGCCACAAGUUUGGGGGGCUUUAUUAUUCUGUUCAUUUUUAGCAGGAUUACAAAUGUUUUAUAUAUUUCUUUCACAAAUAAUGCAAUUAUCACUGUUACAGGGAACUUUUAUAAGCAAUUUUGACCUUUUAUUAAAAUAACUGUCAAAAAUGUAUAGACUUUAUAAGGUAGUGUAAGUUCUCAAUUGUUGUUUUUCAAUUUUCUGAUCAUUCUAAGAAUUUGUUUUAGAUUUUUAUGUAUAAUCAUUAAUGCACAUUCUUGGAAUUUUUUCUAAAAGAGUGCAUAGUACACUGGAAAUCUGCAGUGUCCAUCAAACCUUACUAUGCCAGAAACGUAUUGUAUAGCCAGACCAGGGCCUAAUUCACUACACUCUCAAAGUGUUGUGAUUUCACAGUGCAAUGCAAAAACACUUGCAAAGACUGUGAUGCUGUUGAAGAGAGUUUAAGAGAGCCUUGUGAAUUGGGCCCCAGAAUAUUAUUUACUGUUUUGUAAUGCAGAGUAACAAUCAUACAUCAUCAGGAAUCAUACAACCGUUAAUGUCUGAGAUCUGUAAGCUGUAUGUGCAUUGCUCAACCGUGCAGAUGGCAUAUAUCAUUGAUGUUGUCAUCAGGAAUCAUACAACCAUUAAUGUCUGAGAUAUGUAAGCUGUAUGUGCAUUGCUCAACCAUGCAGAUGGCAUAUAUCAUUGAUGUUGUCCAGAAAAGAAUCUGAAGUUUCAAUUACAAGACCUGUUAGAAUCGGAAUCAUCAAAAACACAUAUAUUAUAUAUUAUAUGUGUUAUACAUGUAUAGGUGACAGCAUAGCACACCUAAACACCUCUGAUGUUACACUGAAUUAACGGUGUGUAGAGUGCAAUCAAUUAUGAGCAAUAUUUAAUUGUUUAUUUUAAUUUAUACAUUAUAAAAUUUUAUUUUUGAAUGAAAUAGGCCAUUUUAAUGUCAACAAAUAACAAAUUAAUACAAAAUGUUUUGUUUAUAAAAAUAUUUAUUAUUUUAAAAAGUGUAUUUUCCAAAUUAAUGAUUUCAUAAUUAUGUACUGUUUGUCAUAUUGUACACUAUGAUAGUAAAAUAUAGCAGUAUACAUAUCAAUUAAAAUGAAAUUUAAUUAAAUUUGACUUUCUGAUUCAUAACAGUUUGUGAAAUUGUAAAUUAUGGAACUGAUCACAUGUAGAUUCAGCUGCCAUGCAAUUAAGAGUUUUAUUAUUUUUAAAUUGUGUAUAGUAAGAAUUCUAUUUCUUCAUUGUUAAUGGGUGUUACAGGUAGUUAAUAUUUUAAAUAUGAUCCAUUUCACGGAAUGCCAGAAAUCUUGCCACCAAAGAUUUGUUUCUAUGCAAUAUAUUGUAUAUUUCCAACAGAUUCUCUUCUAUUUAAGAAUAAUCCAUAGAUAUUCAGAACUGCCAUGCCUUAUUAAAAAAAAAACCAAACAUGUUUUUUUAGUUCUGUCAAAUGGUUAGGUGAAAAUUGCAAGACUCUAUCUUCUACAUGUUUGGUUUGGGGGAGGAGGGGGGUAUAUUUUUUUAAACUUAGACUCCACACGGAGUUAAUAAAUUAAACAGCCUUUUCCACCAUUGAAUUUGACAUCAGUUAAAACUUCUUGUUUGAAUUAUAAAUUGUGUGAAAUUCAUCCUGCUGUUUGUAAUAGCUGAAAAUACAUUUUCUACAAAACAGAGACUAGAAAUAGCUCGGGAAUCCAGGCCAGUGAUUCAGGUGUUUCACUGUGGGUGAUUGUUAAAGUUCUUGGUUAUUGAAGAUAUUGAUGGCAAAGUUCAUUCAUGUCUUCAUUGACAAUAACUUAGACUAUGUGUAAAAGAUAAGUACAUUUUGGAUUGGGGUUCUUUUUAUUGUUAGCUUCAAAAAGCAAUGUUACAUGGAAGCUUAGCUAGUCAUGAUUUUGUGUUAGCCUAGUCUGGUAAAGCCAUGCCCAGUCUGUUAAAGCUUUUCCAGCCUUACUCAGUCUGUUAAAGCUUUUCUUAAUCUGUCUGCACAUUAUUGCUCAUUAGAUGUAUUGGUUAAACUUUUAAGCAAACAUCUAAGAAUGUAUUACUAUUAGAACACUUUUCCUCUUAAGAAUCUAAGACAAUUGUUUGUUUAACAGGUAAAUGUAUAGAAUAUUGGCUGAGAAAGUAGUACUACGAUGUUCUCUUCUUACAGGUGUCAGGUUAAUGGGCAUUAUAUCAAGUAUUUAAAUGUGGCAGCUACAGAACCAAAAUGUGGCUUUCAACAUCAUGGUGUUAAUACAUACUCAACAUCUACCAUUCAAUCAGAGUUGAAUGGCUCAAUGCAUGUUGUAAUACAGUUAUAAAUGUUUAAAUUAUUGCUCGAACAAUAUGCACAAAGAUAUUUUUUAGAUGAAUUUUCCACCUACCAUUAUGCUGUGUGAUUUUCAGUAUAGUGAUGACUGUACGUGUGUUGUACCAAGACUUGUAAAUAUGUAAACAGCAGUAGGUAGAUUUACUUUGAGAGAUGGGUAAUCAUUGUUACACUAUGUUGUACAUAGUCCUCCUCCAUGCUUGGAAUCGGUCGAGCUUCAAAUGGUUUUUAUGUGUUCCAUAUGGCUAUUAAACAGGUAUGCUGCAAUACAAAUCUUUGAUCUCUUAUGCUACGUUAUAUAACUCGAAUAAAUUAUGACAUAACCAUGCUUUAUUUUGUAUUAUCAGGAUUUUUGUUUAAUGUUAAACUGAAUACAGAUAAUGUCAAGGCACCUUAUUUCAUGCUAAGCGUUGUACGUGUCCUUUGAAUGCACAGGAAUCAACUGUAAAUUCACAGUAAUCAACUGUAAAUUCACAGGAAUCGGCAGUACUACAGAAAUACUCUGCAUGUACAGUGGGAAACAGCUGUGGGGUAAUGUACAGCAUGUCAAUUAUUGUAAUUUCAGUUUAAAUAUGUCUCACAGUAAAUAGUAAAACUGUUAAUUUUGGAUAAUCUUGUUUGAUUAUAGAUGUUUACUAUCACAUUUUUAUACUUUUUUUACCGUAUAAAAUAGCAUAAUUACGGUACUACAUUUCAUUUUGUUAUUGGUUUCAAAUACAAACAUUGAAUUUGGGAGGGGUGUAAUAAAAUUAAUUAUUUAACAAUGCUGUGUUCAUUGUGGUUGUGGGUUUGUGUUUUUUUAAUGUUAUUUUGGGGUUUUAGAUAAAGCAGCUUACCACACAUGUAUUUGAAUAUUUUGACAUUGUCCUGCAGACCUCGUUUUGAUCCUGGAACAGACAACUUUCUAGUUAAUUUUUAUUGGUAAAAGAAUAUAAAAAUAAAUAAAUAUGUUGCUGCCUUUGUUGAAGCCAUGAAUGGCUUGCUUAAUUUUAAAGUACGAGUUAAAAACGAAAUGUAAUCUGGAGUCUGUUCAUAACCAGUCAAAGAUAUGUUGUGGUUUUUCCAAUGAUUUUUUUUUUUCUCUUUUAAUUAAAUAUAUUUUUCUGUUUAUCCCUUUGGUUCAAAAUAUCUUUAAGAGUAUGGUACUAGGAAUUGCUAUUUCCUACUGCAUAUGUUAUUUUUCUCUCAAGCCAAAAAUGUUCGUGUUUAGGUCUGCAUUAUGUUUUAUUUUUAAUUCUGUUUUUCAAAAACUAUAAGUGCUACAAUAGCCAGAUACCAUGAAUUUAUAUGGAGUUUUUCAGACAUAUUUGACAGGAAAGACAGCUGAAGAUCACUUGUAAAUCUAAUUGGUCUCUGACAUAGAGAAAUAUUUUUAAUCGAAUAAACUUUGAUUCAUGGGUUUAUUUCUAGUCAACAUAUUUAUUAAUAUAUUUAUAUUAAUGUAUUUAUUUAUAUUAAUAUGAGGUAUAUUAAUAUAAUGUAUUUUUUAUAUUUACAAAAUAUAUUUAUAUAUAUAUAUUAACAUAUUUAUUGGUAAAUGACUUGAUAAGAAAUCUUAUUAUACCUUGACUUUCAUACAUGUAUUUGUAAAACAUCGAGUCAUAAGUUAACACUGUUUCUUUAUAUUGAUAUACCUUGAUUGUGAAUUCUAUGAUUUAACAUUAAUUUAUUAUUUUUAAUAUAAUAAUGUAUUUCAAUUUUUUACUUUUAUAAGAUUUUAAUUUGUAUGUCAAUUUUCUUCUCUUUUUUUUAGUUAUUUACAUUAAAUGAAAUAUUUGCUUGCACAUUAAGUUAGACAAAAUUAAAUUGAUUAAACUGUACCUUGAUAACCAGUUGCUGAAUGUAUUAUAAAGACAAGUUUUGAGGUUGUGACUGGCAGUUUCCUGCUUUCUUUAUGAUAGCAGUCCAACAUUUAAUAUACAUGUGUAUAUCCAUUCAGUAGUUGCCAUAUUUGACCGGAAAUAGGCCCAGGAGGCCCCAACCAACUAAGUUUAGGCUUAGCAUGGGGUGAGUUUAUUCUUAGCAUGGGGUGAGUUUAUUCUUAGCAUGGGGUGAGUUUAUUCUUGGACUUAGGGAUUGUUUUAUUUUAUUUUAAAAUUAAAAUGAAACAUAAUUUUUUUUUUUUUUUUAAAGUUCAGUAUCAUAUCCUUAAUAAUUAAUGUACCUUAUUUUGUCAGGUCUUAAAAAGGAAAUGAGCUACCUGAAGGACAUGGGCCUAUUUUCCGUCAAAUACAGUACUGUAACAUUAGAUAGACAAAUGCAUAGUUUAUUUGGAGAAGGAAAUGUUUUAUUUAAUAACGCACUCAUCACAUUUUAUUUACGGUUAUAUGGCGUCAGAUCAUAGUUUAUUUAGACAUUUGAGCUUUGUUUAUCAGUGUGUUUUGUGAACAUGUAUAGAUUGGCUUAACUCACUGAUAUCAGUGAAUAUUAGAAGAAACAUACCAACAACUAGACAACCAGUACACAUUUAUUUCAGUCUUUACGGUCAAUGGUUGCUUUAACAUUUUCACCAAAUUAUUAUGGUAGCUAAUUUAAAAACUUUACCUUUGUGACUUCUAAUAUUUUGUUAAUUAUUUUUCAAUAUUGGCUACACUGAUUAGAAACAUUGUAUCCAAGGUUUUGAUGUAUGUUGUUUUACUACUCGAUGAUUUGAGAUCAUUAAAAUCAACUUGCCAACAAUCGUGAUUCGAUGAAACAUGUUUAUCAUAAUAAAGUACUCUUACAACGAACCAGUUCGUUGUACACAUUUGUAUAAGUUGGUUAUUAAUAUAUAGGGAGAAAAAACGGGACUUUACGAUCAGUUCGUUCUAAGCAUGUUCGUUCUAAGUGUACUUUACUGUAUUUAAUAAUAUGGCUGUAAGCCCCACUGUACAUUUAUCAAUGUCAUGUUGCAGGUUUCAGUCGGGACGACAUAGCACUAUGACGGCUGCACAACACCAAUCAGUUUAGCACAUAUGUCAGUACAGUUGCUAUGGACAGUGUCAAGAGGGCUACAAGACGUCUGUUGUUAGGAAACACAGUAGCCUGAUAACUACUAUGAAAAAACAUUAUAUAUAUAUAUAUAUAUAUAUAUGGUAGGUUGAUCACAAAAAUGUUGAGUUAAUCAAGCAAAAGUCCGAGCACCAACUCAUUUGGCUGUUAAUACACGUGGCAGCAUGCCGCAUGUAUAGUUAUUAUCAGUAAUACAAAUAACAAGUGUUAGUUAAAUACUGCAGAGAUUAGCCUAACUGUAAUCAUCAAAGAAAGAUCUUAGCUUUUUAUACUAUUAUUUUCUUUAAUGAAGAUUUACUAAAGCAAACUUUGUUAAGCUGAUAUAAAGUAACGAUAUGGAGAAUGGUCCAUGAAUGAAAAAUAUUUUAGAUUUUACGCUUACAAUAAAUAUUCAUAUGCAUGCAGUUUGACCACUGUUAGUAUUUUACCAGGCCUGUGUGGACUGAAAUCUCUAAUGAUGUGACACACAUGCAAUUUGUAUGAUGUUAAAGUCACAGACUGAUAGCAUCUUGACUUUAAUACCCCUAGUUUUUAUAAGCAUGGGGCCUGAUCAGAAUCAAUGUCUUGCCACAAAUGAGAUUAGUAUGGGGGUGAAUAACGAACGACUUGAUCCGUUUUACCAAUCAUUAUUCUAAAAAUGUGACAUUUUGUGCAGCUUCGUAUAUCAAGAUUUCUCAUUUUAAAUGAGAUGCAAAGUACAAAUUUCUGUUUUUCUUAGGUUAAUGUCAACAGUCUGUUUAGUUUAUACAAAUUUUAGAUGUUUAGUUUACAGAUUUCAGAUUUAUCACGGAUACAGUUUUGACGAGUCUCCUGCAGAUCAAUAUUGUGAUCUGUAUACUGGGACUGAUACUCUAUACUGAGCGAUAGUACAGGAAGCCUUCUUACAAGUCUCUGCCUGUGAACCCUGAUGAGCCAUUUGUUAAAUAUGUUAAUCAGUUUGAUAUACACCAUCCAUGUAUUUCACCCGACAUCCAUCCAUUAAAGUUGGACAGCAUUCCUAUUUCUGUAUAUUUACAAACGUUACGGAGUUCAAUACACACCAGAUGGACCAAGAAUAUAUAGACCUGUGCCUGUUUGUGUCGUUAGUCAAUGUUUUUAGCUAAGAGUCGAUCAUAUUCUAAAUAAAUGAAUUCAACUUUGACAUGGUUUUAUUCUGAAACUCCUGUGGUUAUCAAUGUGUUGGACUUAUUAUAUGGCAAUUUACAUGCUAUUGAACACAUUUCUAAUUCUUUCAUUUGUUCUUUAUAUUAACAAAUAUUGGAAGGUUUUGUGACACCUCCAUCCUCCACCAAUCUGGGAUCUUGUCUUAGACCAGUGCCUAAUGAUUAAAAAAAGAAAAAGAAAAUUUAAUUUGAAAGAUGUCGAUAUCAUUUAUUUGCAACAUGCUUUAUCUUUGGCAAGCUGUACAGGUUUUGUUCCAUCUUGUAGUAGAUUAUGGAACAUGGUAUGUUUUGUUCCAUCUUGUAGUAGAUUAUGGAACAUGGUAUGUUUUUGGCAAGCUGUACAGGUUUUGUUCCAUCUUGUAGUAGAUUAUGGAACAUUGUAUGUUUUUGGGGGGUGUUUUUUUUUACGUAUAAUAGGCAGGUGGUUUUCACACUGUAUUUUAUUAAUAUUUUUUGACUAAAUAAAUCUCAUUGUUAAAAA